UCUCCCCUUCCAUCAUAUCAUCUCAACCCCAAACCAUUCUGGCCAUCUGAAACCGCAUCAUGAAGGCGCUCAUCACCGUCGUACUCUUUCUCGCAGGCAUUGCCUCAGCCCAAUUUCAGUUCUUCGAGCAGUUCUUCCAUGGAGGCCAGCAGAACCAAGCAGCUCAGGAGAAACAGAAUGUCCCUAGCGACUCGAAUUGGUAUCGCCAGAACUGGGACGGAGCAACCUGCAACAACUAUUUGUGCCCGGACACCCUCGCUUGUGUCCAUUUUCCGCACCACUGCCCUUGUCCGCAUCCCGAUGUGGAAGACAAGAUCGAACUUGGGGAUGGCAUAGCCAUCUGCGCCAGCAAAGGAGGUUUCAAGGUCGGCGAGACGGUACGGAAAAUCGAGCUGGCAAGGAAAGGUCUGCUGUGAUGUACCCUACGAAGACAACAGUACCAGCAGCAGUUUAUCAGGGGAGACUCCCUGGAUAAGCGCAUCCCUCAACCUCUUUCUAGGUGGGUUACUCGGCCCGGGGCUGCUUGCUGAAGCUAAGUGCCCGUUUAGGCCAGUCACCCCGAGCAGAGUAGAAUCUUGACAACGAAUGACGCGAGAGUGGUGAAUGGAUAUAUGCGCUCAGCAAUUCCUCCGGAAUUUCCGAGGCACUGUGCCGUCAGGAGGGCAGAUUUCUUUGAAAGCGAAUGAGGAUUUCCUGGCGAGUAUGCCAUUCCACGAGCUCCUUCCGGCCUCAGCCCGUCAACUUUCGACACCCCUCGGUUUGGGACCUCUUACCGGAUAGAUUUUCCAAAAUCACGGUGACGGGGCAGAAUUGGCGGGCCAGACUCGCAAAUACGCGGCGCUGUCCGACAUGGAAGCAUGUUAAUAUCUUUUAGCCAGCGUGGCCGGAGAUCGCUGAACACUAGUGAGGUGGCAGGCCAUAUCAGAUAUAUCUACCCAUAUAGAUGGAGAGAAAUGACACCCCUGUUUCCAAAGGUCAACGAAGUACGAAUUGUACGUCGUCAACUCUGAC